GAUGGAGUUGGACGAACAACGUGCGUCGAGCUGCUAAUUUAACAUAUGCGGAGGAAGUCAUCAAUACCGUCGUUUGGUGUCGUCGGAUCAUCUGACAUGACCCGUUCUCUAUCAGAUACCCUUUGACUCUUACAAAACAACAUUAUAAACAUGCUCGAUAAUAACCUUUGGAUGCUUAAGCUAGAAACGAAGAGUUUAGAGGUAAAUACACACCGAGAGAGGGAAAUAUUGGCUUUCAGAUGUCAUCCUUGUCAUCAUCAAGUAGAUCGGGCAUGUUUUGAUUAGAUUUCGUUACUCUGGAAAUUUGAUGAGCUCACUUUUCACUGGAUAUUCGAGUCAGAUUUGAGAUGAGAGAAUAAAAUGGAUCUAAAACGAGUUCGAAUACUUAUGAUCUAAUCACGAUAAUAAUCUAAUAAAAUAAAAUUUACUAAGUGUUAAGUUGGACUUUCAUCAGAGUCGUCUUAAUCUAAUAAAUACUUAUCCUCCGCCGCCGUCCUGUCCACGCCGCCCCGGCCUUCCCCGCCGGAGCACGAGUUCGUCAAGCGCAUCCAGCCCAAGCUGUCUGAGAUCCGUCGGGCCUGCUCGUCGCCGGACUUCAGCAGGAGGGUGCUCGAGAAGUGGAGUCCCAAGGCCACCAUCCGCAUCGAUCUGUCCGCCAUCCGAAACGCUAUCGUCUCAGAGGUGGACGAGGUCGGGGCGGUCCUCGAUGUUGGCAAGGUCAAGGGCCAGAGCUGGAGGAUGGUGCGGUGGAAGGGGGUGGAGGAGGAGGAGCAAGGGAGGGAGUGGGAGCCCAUUCGGAUCCUCAAGACAGGGCUGAAGGAGUUGGAACGGAAGAGCCAGUCCACGAGCAACGAGCUCGUCGAAAAACUGAAAUCGAGCCUGGAAGUUCCACCAUUGGAUCUACCUGAACUUUUGGCAUAUUUUGUUAAGCAAUCUGGGCCAUUUUUCAAUCAGCUUGGAAUACGGCAAGAUAUAUGUGACAAAUUGUGGAAGCUUUAUGCAGUAGGCGCAAAGAUCAACACAUGUAUCAUUCUCUUCCUGCAAAGGACACAUCCUUACCCGGAAAUGAGAACAGUGAUGAACUUGAUUUGAGAAUAGCCAGUGUGCUCGAAAGCAUGACCUUGGUGAACAAAAUGGUAAAGCUGCGAGUUAUCGGUGCCUUUAAAAUGUGCCCUAUUGAGAUCCCCACAUUUAGCUCCUAUGAGAGCUUAGUUAUUAGAGUAGAGAUAUGGACAUCUUGGACUAGUUAUUAGCAAAUGUUUUCUUUAACCUCCAAUACCAGUUUAGCUAUUUUUAGACUCA